GGCUUUCGGGGACACUGGGGGUCAACGGCUCCGGGCCAGUUGUCCUCGGUUUGCCCCGAUGUGCGGGUCUAGCCUCGGUUAUUGUUCCAUGUGACAUCGGUGGGUGGACGGACAGAAGGACGGUCCAUCCUGCUGCCUGUUGUUCAGCCUUUCCGCCAAUGAGAGCCCGGUUGCCGCUCAGUCCCAGUCCAAUCAGAGCAGCGGGGUCUGGGCUCGGAUCGAGAGUUGGGUUGUUCAAUCUGGGAGGAGGACAACAAUCCGGAUGGAUGGAUGUUGGCGAUGAAUGAGGUGCUGCUUGGUUACAGGACGUGUGUCCUAUCACUGAGGCCACAUGUGUAUCGGGAGAGAUGGAUCGUUGUAAGCACGUGGGACGCCUUCGUCUGGGCCACGACCAUUCAAUCCUCAAUCCACAAAAAUGGCACUGUGUGGACUGCAGCACCACCGAUUCAGUGUGGGCCUGCCUCAAGUGCUCCCACGUGGCCUGUGGACGUUUCAUGGAGGAGCACUCACUCAAACACUUUCAGGAGUCACAGCACCCACUGGCUAUGGAGGUGCGUGAGCUGGAUGUGUUCUGUUUUGCCUGUGGAGACUAUGUACUGAAUGAUAAUGCAGAGGGAGACCUCAAACUCCUCAGAGGGGCCCUCUCUACGGUUCGCAGCCCAGGUAGACGCUCACUACGCUCCUCAACUGGGGGAGAGUGCACCUCCUGGGUUGGGGAAGGUGGACCACAGCCCGCCAUGCAGUUGGCUUCGCGUCACAGGAGGAAAGCACUUCUCGGGACGAUGCUUCACCGUGGAUCGGUAAACAUCAAGAGCUGCAGAAUCAGCGUAAAGAGAAACUUGAGGAAGCUAGAAGACAAAAAAAAAGAGGUUAAAAGGAGACUCAUGGAAGAGCUUGGCAAUGUCCCUCCCAGGAAGAGUGCUAGGCUUCUUACUCAGGCGCCACGUUCCACUAUCACACUCAUUCCUCGCAAAUUUCGCGACCCUCCAGAACGCCUACCUCCUCCUCCCAAGAAGCCUUCCCUUCUCACCCUUUCCCGUAAGACUCCUCAGAAUGGCAGAGCAGCUAAACUGAGGAGGUACUACUCCACACAUGCGGUAACCCGCCGGAGACUCGCUCCAGGUGUCACUGGUCUGCGCAAUUUGGGGAACACAUGUUACAUGAACUCAAUAUUGCAAGUGCUGAGCCACCUGCAGAAAUUCAGGGAGUGUUUUCUCACUUUGGACCUGUGUGAGACUGAAGAGCUGCUGGCUAAGACCAAUAACUCCCAGGAGAUGAAGGGUGUGACAGGAGGUGUCGUCAGCAGUGCUAACACAGCACUGUCAGGAUGCCCUCUUGGACGCAUGGGGAAACCCGGCAGUUGGAAUUUGGCCCCGGGCAAGGAAAGUGCCCCACCUUGCCCACAGGCUUCGGAGUUGGUCCAACCCAAGGAGCCUCGCUGCUCCACCCGCCAGCAAAUGUCUCUGUGCCAUGAGUUACAUACACUUUUUAGGGUCAUGUGGUCAGGCCGGUGGUCUUUAGUGUCUCCGUUCGCCAUGCUGCACUCUGUCUGGAACCUCAUCCCUGCUUUCCGUGGGUACGACCAGCAGGACGCCCAGGAGUUCUUGUGUGAGCUGCUGGACAAGGUGCAGCAGGAGCUGGACACAGAGGGGUCUAAACGCAGGAUAGUUAUCCCCAUCACACAGAGGAAACUAUCCAAGCAAGUGCUAAAGGUUCUCAACACCAUCUUUCAUGGGCAGCUCCUCAGCCAGGUGACUUGUCUGUCCUGUAAGCACAAGUCUAACACAGUUGAGCCAUUCUGGGAUUUGUCUUUGGAGUUUCCAGAGCGAUACCACAGCAUAGACAAAGGCUCAGGCUCUACAGCUUACCAGCGCAGCUGCACCCUCACUGAGAUGCUGUCCAAGUUUACGGAAAUGGAGGCUCUCGAAGGCAGCAUCUAUGCCUGCAACCACUGCAACAAAAGAAGACGGAAAUCAUCCCACAAACCCUUAGUUCUGUCAGAGGCUCAUAAGCAGCUUCUGAUCUACCGUUUACCUCAGGUUCUACGGCUGCACCUCAAACGCUUCAGAUGGUCCGGGCGGAACCAUAGGGAGAAAAUCGGCGUCCACGUGGCCUUUGACCAGGUUCUGAACAUCAAACCAUACUGCUGCACAGGCUCGGGUCACUCUGUCCACAGAGGAGGCUACACCUACGAUCUGUCUGCUGUUGUUAUGCAUCAUGGUAAAGGCUUUGGCUCAGGGCACUACACCGCAUACUGCUACAAUACAGAAGGAGGUUUCCUGGGUCCACUGUAAUGACUCUGAGAUGAAGGUUUGCAGUGUGGAGGAAGUGUGCAACACUCAGGCCUAUAUCCUCUUCUAUACCCAGAGGUCUGCCUAGGUACCUCUCGCUGUGAUGUCGACCUGUUUGGGCAACUUAAGGCUGCAUUUAUGAAAACGUUUUCCCGGGUGUCACUCAGCAAUUGCUUUGAAUU